CGAAGGGGUCGCCGCGGAGAGCACCGCCGCGGAAACCAUGCAGUGUGCAAUCUGGCUGGUGGGACUCGCGUGUCAACUGUCAGCGCUUGUGCGGCUCGCCGCGCAGUACCGGUUGCAUCCAAAACAAGAAGUCUUCAUCAAGCAGCUGUCAUCGUACGAAAUCACCAGCCCGGUGCGGGUCAAUGACUUCGGCGAGUCCUUCCCGCACACGUCGCACUACAGGCGCAGACGCAGGAGCGUAAACGACGAGCCGUCCGUCCCGCGGCUCCACUACCGGAUCGACGCGUUCGGACGACGCUUCCACCUCAACCUGAGCGCGCACUCGGACUUCAUCGCGCCCGCCUACGCGGUCACGCACUUGGGAGCGGCCGGCGAGAGCCCGCCCGGGGAGGCCGCGGACUUGCGCCACUGCUUCUUCCGAGGACACGUCAACUCCCGAGAGGAGCAGCCGGCGGUGUUCAGCCUGUGCACCGGACUCAUGGGUACUUUCACAACGUCGGACGGCGAGUACUUCCUGGAGCCCCUUUUGAACGCCGAGGGGGAGGAGGAGUACGACGACGAGCACCACAAACCCCACCUGGUCUAUCGGCACGAGAGGAAACGGAACAUCUCCAGCGACGGCGUGCCGUGUUCGGCCUCAGACGACGGCGUAACGAUAGCGUCUUUGGAGGGUCAACGGAACAUGGCCGAUGAGCUGGACUCUCUCCGAGCUGCCACGGACGAACGCAACGCCACCGCUACAAACGUAACGCAGCCCAAGCACCCACGCAGACGCAAGCGCUUCCUCUCCUACCCGCGCUACGUCGAGCUGAUGGUGACCGCCGACGCCAAGAUGGCACGUCACCACGGACGCAACCUCGAGCACUACAUCCUAACAAUCAUGUCAGUAGUAGCAGCUGUGUACAAAGACCCCAGCGUAGGAAACCUCAUCAACAUCAUGAUUGUCAAGCUGAUCGUCAUCCACAAUGAACAGGAUGGCCCCACGGUGAGUUUCAACGCCGCCACCACGUUGCACAACUUCUGCACGUGGCAGCAGAAGCAAAACGUCAAGGACGACAGCCACCCCUCUCACCACGACACCGCCCUCCUCAUCACAAGGGAAGAUAUCUGCCGUGCAAAAGACAAGUGUGACACUCUCGGGCUCGCAGAACUGGGGACCAUGUGCGACCAGUACCGCAGUUGUUCUAUCAGCGAAGAAAACGGAAUUAGCGCCUCCUUCACUAUCGCCCACGAGCUGGGCCAUGUGUUCAACAUGCCCCACGACGAUAACCCUAAAUGUCGUGACUCCGGCAUGAAACACCAGUAUCACGUCAUGGCUCCCACGCUCAACCACGACACCAACCCCUGGUCGUGGUCCAAGUGCAGCCGCAAGUACAUCACCGAGUUCCUUGACACUGGCUAUGGGGAGUGCCUUUUGGACGAGCCCGUAGGAAGGACGUAUGAACUCCCCACCCUCCUCCCUGGUCAAAUCUACAAUGCCAACAGACAGUGUGAACUCAUGUUUGGACCCGGUUCCCAAAUUUGCCCUUACAUGAAACAAUGUAAAAGGCUGUGGUGCACAAGUGCAGAGGGGGACCACAAAGGAUGUCGCACACAACACAUGCCGCUGGCUGAUGGGACUGAAUGUGGACAUGGGAUGUACUGCAGACACGGGAUGUGUGUCAACAAGGAACUGCACUUGCAGCCCGUCCACGGGGAAUGGGGUGCCUGGGGGCCCUACAGCGCCUGCUCCAGGUCCUGCGGCGGAGGGACACGGAGCACCACCAGAGACUGCAACAAGCCAGAGCCUAGGAACGGCGGUAAAUUCUGCGUGGGACGGCGGAUGAAGUUCCGCUCCUGCAACACCGAGCCCUGUCCUCGAGGACAGAAAGACUUCCGCGAGGAUCAGUGCUCUCACUUCGACGGGAAGCACUUCAACAUCAACGGUCUACCUCCCACCGUCCGCUGGGUCCCCAAAUACAGUGGCAUACAAUUGAACGAUCGGUGCAAGCUCUUCUGCCGUGUUGCCGGGACGACGGCGUACUACCAGCUGAAGGACCGCGUGAUCGACGGCACUCCGUGCGGCACGGACACGUACGACAUCUGCGUUCAAGGCCUCUGCAGGCAAGCGGGCUGCGAUCACGUCUUGAACUCAAAGGCCAGGAAUGACAAGUGUGGCGUGUGCGGGGGAGACAACUCCUCGUGCAAAACCCAGGCAGGGACGUUCAACGAUGCUCAGUACGGCUACAACACUGUCGUCCACAUCCCAGCUGGUGCUACCAACAUCGAUAUUAAGCAGGUCAGCUACUCCGGAAAGCCAGAAGAUGACAACUACCUCGCACUAUCCGACAGCCAGUCCAACUUCCUGCUGAACGGGAACUUUGUGGUGGCCAUGUUCAAAAGGGAAAUCACCUUCAAGGGAACGGUCAUCGAGUACAGCGGCUCCGACACCAAAGUGGAGCGCAUCAACUGCACCGAUCGCAUCGAGGGGGAGCUCGUUCUGCAGGUUUUGUGCGUGGGAAACCUCUACAACCCAGACGUCCGCUACUCCUUCAACAUACCCAUCGAGGAGCACACGGAGCAGUUUGUGUGGGAUCCCUCGGGCCCUUGCCUGGAGUGCAACCGCAUCUGUCAGGGGGAGCGGCGGCGGAAGGCGGCCUGCGUGCGGAAGAGCGAUCGCCUGGAGGUAUCGGACCAACGAUGCGAACAUUUACCUCGUCCCGUCGGUGUCACUGAGCCUUGCAACGACGACUGUGAAGUCAGGUGGCAUGUCGCCGGGAAGAGUGAAUGCUCAGCUAAAUGCGGCGCAGGUUACCGCACCCUGGACGUGCAGUGCGUGAAGUACAACCUGAUAAAGUUGCAGAGCGAGCGGGUGGAGGCCAGUUCUUGCCUGGAUGCCGUCAAGCCUCCGACUCGAGAGAGCUGCCAUGGCGAUUGUCUUCUCAAGAACUGGCAGUACAGUGCCUGGUCACAGUGCUCCAAGACAUGCGGACGGGGGACUCGCAGCCGAGAGUCGUACUGCAUGAACAACCUGGGCCGGCGGCUGGUGGACAGGGAGUGCGGCGAGCACCAGAGAGCGGUCACGGAAACCUGCAACGACCAGCCGUGUCCCAAGUGGACCGUUAGCGAGUGGAGCGAGUGCCUGGUGACGUGUGGUAAAGGGAUGAGGCACAGGCAGGUUUCGUGCACCGCAGCGGCCAGAGAAGAAAAGCUGAGCGAGCACUUGUGCGACCCGUCCAGCAAGCCGCCCUCCGUCGGGAGCUGCGAGCUGCCCGAAUGCGCAUCCUGGCAGGUCGGCGUGUGGGGAGCGUGUCCAGUCACCUGCGGCCGUGGCUACCAGAUGAGAGCGGUGAGGUGUGUGUCGGGGGACUAUGGCAACACAGUGGACGACAGGGAGUGCAACGCUGCGGCCAGGCCCAGAGACAAUCAGGACUGCGAAAUGCUGGCGUGCCCGUGGGCCUCUCCGGGCCAGAGCACGCCACCACCUGACAACUCUGCUCAGCUCCAGACCCAGUGGAGAUACGGCUCUUGGACUGCAUGCUCUGCAACCUGCGGCAAAGGCAAGCGGGCGCGCUACGUCAGCUGCCGAGACGCCCAGGGCAGCGUGGCCGACGAGUCCUACUGCACCCACCUGCCCCGGCCGCCGGAGACCUCCGCGUGCUUCAGUCCUUGUGGCCAGUGGCGCACCGGGGAGUGGUCUCCCUGUUCAGUGACAUGUGGCGCCGGAAGGUCUACCCGUCAGGUCCUGUGCUCCAACUACCACCAGCCUGUGGACCACUCCUUCUGCGACCCAGACGAGAGGCCCGCUACAGAGCAGGAGUGCACGGCCGCGCCCUGCUCUUCGGUCUACCACCGCCAACGUAUCGACCAGCCCUACGGGUACCCCAAGGACCCGGGGCGCCACCCCGGCCACAGCAGCUGGAACGUGCCGUCAACGGACAACCAGUGGAGGACCGGACCCUGGGGCGCAUGUUCCAGCACCUGUGCCGGGGGCUUCCAGAGGCGAGUGGUGGUCUGCCAGGACGCCCACGGCCACAGCAACAGCUACUGCGAUGAGAGGGUCAAGCCGGCCGAGUCCAAGAGCUGCAACUCGGGGCCGUGUCCGCUGUGGAACUUCGGCGUCUGGGGAGAGUGCACUCAGAGCUGCGGAGGGGGAAGGCGAACCCGCCUGGUGGUGUGCCAGAGGCCCAGCGGCGAGCGUCUCAACGACUACAACUGCGACAUCCUGGACAAGCCGCUGGACAUGGAGCAGUGCAACCUGCAGCCCUGCGCGGGCUCCGCCUCCUGGCACCGCAGACCAUGGAAGCCGUGUUCAGCGACUUGCGGGCGGGGCAUCAAGCACCGGGAGAUCAUCUGCAUUGACCAGAACGGAACCAAAAUAGAAGAGGAACACUGCGGCCCCCUGCCUCGCCCCCGGACCGAGAAGGCCUGCCGGGCCCGCGGGUGCCCCACGUGGAAAGCCAACAGGUGGAGCAAGUGCUCAGCCACAUGUGGAGUGGGACUCCAGAGCCGAGGAGUCUACUGCAGGCUCAAAGGCAGCGGAAAGGUCAGCGAAGAUCUAUGUGACGCUCCAUCACGGCCUGCCGUCGUCCAGCGGUGCCAAACUGCAGAAUGCACCCGUUACACUUGGGUCGCUGCUCCAUGGAAGGAAUGCAACGCCACUUGCGGAGGCGGCAUGCGGAGCAGGGCCGUGGACUGCGUGGGCCCGAGCAUGACCCCGGCGCGGGCGGACCACUGCGAGCCGUCGUCCCGUCCGCCGGCGCAUCAGCCGUGCGAAGGAGUGCCGUGCCGCCGCGUGUGGACCGCAGGGGAGUGGUCGCAGUGCUCCGCGAGCUGCGGCCUUGGCUACCAACAGCGUGCGGUGUCCUGCUCGACGGCGCCCUCCCCUCGGGCCCCGCGUCAUUACGCCGCCCAGUCGCCCGCCGCCGGGACCCGCUGCUCAGAGUCCCGUCCUCCGAGCACCAGGCCGUGCCUCCUCAAGAACUGCCCACGGGCCACCUACUGGAAAGUCAGCCGCUGGAGCAAGUGCUCUCAGACUUGCGGGGCAGGAGUGACGGAGCGCAGCGUGGAGUGCGUGACCUCCGAAGGAGCGGCGUCCGAGCAGUGCCCUCCCUCAGAAAGGCCGGAGUCUCAAGCUGCGUGUCAGGAUCGAGAAUGCCAGUCGUUCACCUCCUGCCGGGAGGUCCAGAUGCGACAGGGCGUCAGGAUGGACGGGGAGUAUUACCUCAAAGUCAAGUCCCGCAUCCUACAGAUUUACUGCGCGGAGAUGCAAACGGAUUUCCCCAAGGAGUACGUGACGCUGCGGAGCGGCCAAACGGACAAUUACUCCGAAGUGUUCGGCUACAGGUUGCUGAACCCCUUCGAGUGCCCUUACAACGGCAGCCGGAGACAGGACUGCAACUGCAGGAAUGACUACAGCGCGGCGGGGUACACCCUCUUCUACAAGGUCCGCUUGGACCUGAGCACCCUGAGGAUACUGAUCACCGACCUGCGCUUCUCCCAGACUCCCUUCGGUCGACCUGUGCCCUUCGCCACGGCGGCGGACUGUUACAGCGCCGCCAAGUGUCCACAAGGCCAGUUCAGCAUCAAUCUCAUUGGCACCGGGCUCAGAGUGGCUGAGGCCACCAAAUGGACGUCUCAGGGCAACUACGUUUCUGUCAAGGUCCACAGGUCUGAGGACGGGACAAGAAUCUACGGCCGGUGCGGCGGUUUCUGCGGGAAGUGCCUUCCCCAGGCGAGCAGCGGCCUCCUCCUUCAGGUCCACUGAGGAUCCCGAAGACUGCCGACCAGCGAAAAUGUGCACCGACACCGGUUGGGGGGGGACGCCGUCCACAUCCUGUUAGAAAACAGUGCCGACUUCACCAAAACGCGCGGCGACUGUGUUUUAUUACGGCGCCUUUAAAGUGGGACUCUCUGCAUUUGAAAUGAUGAAUGAUACUCAAAGAUGUCGGACACUUUUAUGUGACACACAAACAAAGGGACGCAAUCCUUAACUCACCGGACUGACUGACAGGGAAAGCAACCAAAUGAGGAGCUCUCACUUUUGUUUUGAUUGUUUUCGUGAAGAAAAUAACUAAUUUUG